UCAUUUGGUGUUUGUUUAUAUGUGUAGCUGAUGAAAGAGGUUAGUGUGACCGUCGGAGAAAUUCAGUAAAUUGCUUUGGAAGGAUUGGCGUAUAUUUACACCAUAUGCUCCAAUAUUGUGUUCAAGAUAGACGGGAGGUUCAAGCCUAACAGUCAAUGGGCUUUAUAGAUGAUGAGCUUAAAGAAGUAUCAAAACUGUGUGAGCAUGUCAUUCAGGGGAGUAGACUUAUUUCCUGUGUGCAGUCAAUGGUGCGAGUUGAAAUAAGGCGGACACACUACAAGCAGAUAACAGCUUGCAUUCAAUUUCCUGAAGAAUAUCCUGCUUUUCCUUUGCUUAUUCAACUGAAAAGUAAGAAUCUGUCAGAAAAGCUAUUGGACCGUUUGACAUCUAUUUGUGAAGAAGCAGCAAAGAAAUUUUUAGGGAAACCACAGGUCUUACCAGUACUGAAAUUAGUAAAAACUUUCCUUGAUGAGAACCCACUUUCUUGCUGUUAUGAUGAGGUAUCUUCCAUAAAGAAAAGCUUGUCUGCAGCAGAUGAAUUAAAGCUGAAGCAAAAGACCUCAUCUAUCCAUUUAAAAUUGUGUGAGGGGAAGUACUUCUUAAAAACAAGAAUAGUAAUUCCGGAAAAUUAUCCUGAAGCUGCAGUUGUUUUUGAAGAUGUUCAAAGUAAUUUUCCCCCUGUGUUACAUAAAUACAUGGAAGGGCAAGCAAAGGAAAUUGUACGUCAAUGUGUGGAGCCACCUUUGCGAAAACAGUCAAAAGGUCCUCCAUUCUCUCCCUCACCUUCACUUCAGAAAGCUGUCACCUUUCUUAUCUCUACGGUCCAUCAGCUACCAGGAGAGAAAUGCCAGAUAUGUCAUGGGCAAUGCUUACCUCUUGAACCACAAGAAGUCGAGGUCGAUGAAAUGGCAGAUAAACAUGUUGAACGUAUUUACUGUGGACACUUGCUGCAUUUGCAGUGCCUGGUUUCCUACAUGAAAACUCCGCCCUUUGAAGGGGGCAAAAAAUGUCCAGCUUGCAAACAAAGAAUUUACCAUGACAAGUGGCGCCUAAGUGACAAACUGGCAGAGGAUCGUUGGGCUCAUCAGCAAGCAAGAGAAAGGGAGUUGCAGGAAGUUGCAGAGUUCCUUGAAUAAUGUCCGUUUCCUUGUGGAGCUCUGAGACUGAAACAACAAGAAAUCAGUGAGGAACAUAUGUCUUAGUUUACUAAAUUAGUGAUUUAUUGUUUUUGUUUGCUGGGAGAAACUUAAUUGUGAAGUAAUUAUCUGGAUGUUAUGUGGUAAUUUGCAUGAUGCAAAUAUUGGCUGUCUUUGAAUAUCAUGUAGAAGAAAAUAACAUCCACCCAGGGUAUCCCAUUAUUACAUUAACUAAUAUCCUCUAUAAUAAUAUAUUAUGUGUUAGUAGACAUGUCUGCUGGUUUGCAUCAAGACAAUUUGCAAUUGUGUCCUGUACCACAGAGUUUAUAUUUAUGGUAAGCAAUGUGCAGUAAAUCAAGUCAUAUUAAUAUAUUUUUGAUGUAUGUCUUACAUUUAUCUGAGACGGUGCUUGAUAUCACAGCAUUAGUAGAUUAUUUUGUGUCAAGCAAAUUGAAUGUAACAAAAAUACUAUAAGUGUUUUGCGCAAUUGUUUGUGAUCAGUGUUCAGACUCGCAUGCAAGUUAUUUUAUGAACUGAUUAUUGAUUAUGAGUUUUACUUUCAACAUUGUGAUAAUUUAAAAAGUGCAACUGCUGGCAAGAAAUGUAAUGAUUGUAAACAGAGUACUCCCUGUUCAAGAAAGUACAAAUUGAAGUCUCUAAAACUUGUGUUGGAAGCGAGUUGAAAAUAUGAAAGAAUUCAUUGUACGAGAGAUUUAUGUAGAACAUAUGAUUCAUAUAGUAAAUGAUAGGUCAUAAAUGUACUGUUACUGUACAUUUUGUACAUUCUGAGAGCUAUUUGUAAUAGCUAUAUAAGAUUUUGUAAUCAGAUUUCAUUGGCUCAUUAAAGUUGUGUUCUUCUAUCUAAGAACACAUAAGACUACACUCUUUACUUCAAUGAAGCCUUACUAUCAAACACUGGAAAUACAGAAAAAAUCCAAUUUACUGACACUGGUCCCCAAUGAAGAAAGCAGACUGAAAAUUAAUUGACAGUUACAGAAAGUAUAUCCUCUUUCUGGCACCUGUCAUAAUUCCUAUAGUGCUUUUGUAUUUCAACUUUUUUCCUUAUUUUUAACUCUUUUGGGUAUUAAUAAUACUGAUCACUGCACUGUUUCUAGUUUGUCACUGCAAUUGUUUUACUACACAGAGUAGUACAUAUGCUUUCACAGCAAUGCAUUGAAGGAAACAUUUCCAAGUUGAUUGCACAGCUGUUUUGUUUGUUAUGAAAUUGAUAUUCACGAGAAAAAGAUAUGUUUUAAUUUGUUUCUGUUACUAUAACAUAAAUAUAUAAAUAUGUAGUUAUGUGCACAAAGUGAGCAACUCAGACUUCACUUUGGGAGAUAUCUGCAGCAAAGUUGUAAAAGUAUAAUGUUGUAGCUAUACUUCUGAAAUGUUUUUUAUAUCAAUAUUUUAUGUUGGUACUCAUGAAAAAUGUAUUUUGUCAUAGAAAAGUAUGAAAAAGGUAAUUCCUUGGUUGUCAUUAGUCAAAGAUUGUUAAAAUGUCCAUUAUUUCGUCCACACUGUACUAACAUAACUAAGAUUAUGAUGUAAGCAUGUGUAUUGAAAAACAUAAAUAUCAAGAAUGCCACUUAUUUUUAUUUCAGAAAUUAAUCUCAUUAAGCUGUCCAUCACAGAACACUUGAAAAUGAUCCUAUCUAAAAGCAGGACUGCACUUGAAACAACCAAUCUUACUGCUGUGUAAAUCAUCAAGUAAUUCAAGAUGUACAUGACUGAUGUAAAUUACGCUUCCGGUUACUAUGUUGUUUUGAUAUCAGCAUUUUUAACCUGUAUACAUCAUUAUGUAUUUCAAAAUAAAUGUCUGUCUUACUAAUAA